AUGUCCGGCACCACGCCCACACAUGGUAAGACAGCCCUAAUCACAGGCGGAGCACAGGGAUUCGGCAAAGCAAUUGUGAUCAAGUUUAUUGCCGAAGGUGCCCGGGUUCUAGUUCUCGAUAUUAUCGAGCCGCCGGAAGAGUUCCAAGGUGACUUUUCGAACAACAUAACCUAUGUUCGAGCAGAUGUGACCUCUCUGGACGAUUGGCAGAUAGCUCUCGAACAAUCUUUAUCUGUUUCUGGAAACUUGGAUAUAGUUGUCAACAAUACUGGUGUAUUACACAAAGUACAGCUGUCCAUUGAGGUCAGUGACGAGGAUUGGGAGCGAGUUUUUCGCAUCAACGUGCAGCAAAUACACCUGAGAACCAAGACGAUCAUUCCUUACCUCUUGCAAGAGAAGAGAGGUGGGCUUUUCAUAAAUGCCUCCAGCACUAGUGUGUGGUAUGGAGCAAGCAAAGACGCAGUUAAUACAGCUACAAGGAGACUUGCCAUAGGAUGGGCACCGCAUAACAUUCGCGUGAUUGCAGUCUGCCCUUCUGUUGGGGUUACGGCCAUGAUGCCGCUUUUCCUGGGUCAUGACUCGAGUGAUGAGACACAUGCGAAAAUGCUCAGCAGCAUACCUUUGGUUCGUGUAUGCCAACCUAGUGAUGUGGCCAACACGGUAUCCUUUUUGGCAAGUGAUAAGGCGACUUAUUUUACUCGUGAUGGCGGCCCGCUUCAAAAUCUCUCUUAUACACAACAACCCAGUGUCGUGGGAAUGAUCUCUUAUGCAUUGAACGAGCUGGUGGAUAGACAAGCUAUUGCUAGACCAAGUGGCUUUGUAUGUGCACCAGAGAGGGAGCAGGGCAAGCAGUACCGCAGGGCCUUUUAA